AUGCCAAUAUUCGAUUCUGUUAGGAACUUUGUUCAAUCUGCUACUGAAGCCAAGGUUAAAGAAGCUACUGAUGAUAAUGAGACUUCUGGUGCUACAGGUACGUUAAUGAAUGAAAUUUCAGUUUUAACAUACAGUCCCAAGACUUUAAAAGAGAUAAUUCAAGUACUCAAGAAACGGUUAACAGGGUCUAGUAAGAAGUCAUCACAUCGUAAUUGUGUUCAUAUUUUGAAGACUAUGACUCUAAUAUCGUACUUAAUAAAUAAUGGUUCAAAUGAUUUUAUUGCUUGGGCAAGAAGUAAUAUAAUGAUAUUUGAAGUUUUAAAAGAUUUCGAAGUGAUACAUGAAGAUGAUGAAAAGAUGGCAGAACAGAUAAGGUACAUAGCUGGUGAUUUAUGUAUAUUAAUCAAUGAUGAUGAAUUACUAGAGGCAAGGAGAAAAGAUGUGAUACAAUUUCGUUCUAGCAUAUCAUCUCCGGGAAGAAAGUCUACUGAUAAUAGUCAUUUAAAGAAAACAGCUAGCGCAGGUACUGGUAAAAAUGAUUUAACACAUAUGUUAUUUAAGAAAUCUUCAAAUUCAAAUGCAGAAGAUGAAUAUUUCUAUAGUUCGAAUUAUUCAAAUCAGCUUCGUGGGGGUACAACAAGUUUAGAAUUGAAAAGAGAGGGUGGAAAUACAUCAAGAAGAAGUACACAAGAGAAUGCAAGAUUUGAAAUAUAUUCAGUAGCAGAAGAAGACACAGUGGUUGAAAAAAACUCAUCGAAAUUUCGUUCUUCACCAUUGAAAAUCUCUACCACAAAUCCAUUUCGUUAA